GCUGAAAGGACAUACGCUGUUACAGGCUGUUAAGGGUUUUCUUCUUUCUCAUCGAAGUUAAACCGAAGUUUUAUCAAAGUUAAGAAAUAAUGUUGUGUUAGGCUGGAUAUAGUACAUUUUGUCUUUAAUUUGUAGCCGUUCUUUUUUUGAAACGGCACCAUGUUUUCAUUUUAAGUAAAGAAGGGAAGUCCCAAUUGUUCGAACUGGAUCGUCUAACGCUUCCUAGAUUUCCUGUUCCUGUGUGGAAGAAUUAUCGAGUGCCACCGAUUGAGGGGCAGUGACGCAAAACACACAGUGUACAAAAGCAGCCGUGCGGCGUGACGCUCACAGGUUAACCUUCCCCUGUCAGCACUCAGGAGAUACUUUCCAACAUCGGGUGAUUUUUGUCAUUUGGAUCGCCUCCUCUUUAACCAAAGACUUUAUUUUUUCCUUCUUGUUGGCUAUUGUCAUAAAACACAACCAUUUUUUUGGGAACAAAACUGGGAUUUUCCCUCAUAUUAUGCACUUCAAUGGAUACCAGUGGCUCAGUGGUUAGCAUGCGAGCUGAGGAGCAGUCCUUUCAUGUCCGCUACAGGAUGGAGGUGUCUUGCUUGGAGCUGGCGCUGGAGGGUGAGCGGCUCUGUAAGGUAGGUGACUACAGAGCAGGUGUGUCCUUCUUUGAAGCUGCCAUCCAGGUGGGCACAGAGGAUCUGCAGGUGCUCAGUGCCAUCUACAGCCAGCUGGGAAAUGCCUACUUUCAUCUGCAUGACUAUGCCAAAGCCCUGGAGUUUCACCGUCAUGACCUCACUUUGACUAGGACAAUUGGUGACCUGCUUGGAGAGGCCAAAGCCAGUGGAAACCUUGGCAACACAUUGAAGGUGCUCGGGCGGUUUGAUGAGGCUGUGGUUUGCUGUCAGAGGCACUUGGACAUUGCGAGGGACACUAAUGACAAGGUGGGUCAGGCACGUGCUCUGUAUAACUUUGGGAACGUGUACCAUGCAAAAGGUAAAAGUAUCUGCUGGAGUGGAGCUGAGCCUGGAGAUUUCCCAGAAGAGGUCAUGAUGGCACUGAGGAAGGCAGCUGAAUACUAUGAGGCAAACUUAGUUAUAGUGAAGGAACAUGGAGAUCGGGCAGCACAGGGUCGAACGUAUGGCAACCUUGGUAACACAUACUACUUGUUGGGAAACUUUCGCAAAGCGGUGGCUUCUCAUGAACAGCGCUUGCUCAUCGCUAAGGAGUUUGGUGACCGCUCAGCAGAGAGACGGGCUUACUGCAACCUGGGGAAUGCCUAUAUCUUUUUGGGGGAAUUUGAAGUGGCAGCUGAGCAUUACAAGAAGACACUGCAGCUGGCGAGGCAGUUGAAGGAUCGAGCUGUGGAGGCCCAGGCCUGCUACAGUCUGGGCAACACCUACACACUUCUCCAGGACUAUGAGAGAGCCAUAGACAACCACCUCAAGCACCUCAUCAUAGCCCAGGACCUCAAUGACAGGAUUGGGGAGGGCCGUGCAUGCUGGAGUCUGGGAAAUGCCCACACUGCGUUGGGGAACCAUGACCAGGCCAUGCACUUUGCCGAGAAACACCUGGAGAUCUGCAAAGAAACUGGAGACAGGAGUGGUGAGCUGACGGCUCGUAUGAACGUGUCUGAUCUCCAAAUGGUUCUGGGUCUGAGCUACAGCACAAAUAACUCUACCCUCUCAGAAAAUAAGGAUAUAGACUAUAACCUGCAUGGAGCGAGGCCCAGGAUGAGCAGAAGACACAGCAUGGAGAACCUGGAGCUGAUGCAGCUCACUCCAGACAAGAUGAAUGGUCAGAAGUGGAGCAGUGACUUGCUGACCAAACAGUCCAAACCCUCCCUGGCUAAGAGCUCUUCCAAGCUGUUUUUUGUCAACCGUCUCCGUGGGAAGAAGUACAAGACUGGUGGCUCCAGUAAGGUCCUCCAGGACACCAGCAACACCCUGGACACCAGCCAGACCCCCUCACAGGGACCACAGAAGAGACACAGUCCUGAUAUGCUUGGAGACGAGGGCUUCUUUGACCUGCUCAGCCGCUUCCAGAGCAACCGUAUGGAUGACCAACGCUGUUCAGUACAGGAUAAGGACAGCAGGCUAUCUUUAAACACUGGCGCAGAGUCUCCACGUAGAGCUGUCAGGAAAUCUGUGUCAGAUUCUGCCAACAUCUCAGGCACAAAAGGCAGGCGGUUAGAGUCGUCAGCAGCAGCAGGAAGUCUUCCUGGCCUCAGGCUUGGUCAAAACAGUAACCAGGCCGUGCUUAGCCACCUGAUGGCCAAUGCUGACAGCGCUGAGCCCGACGAAGACUUCUUCGAUAUGCUCGUCAAGUGCCAGGGGUCCCGUUUGGAUGAUCAGCGCUGUGCCCCUCCCCCUCCUCCGGUCCGUGGGCCCACUGUACCAGAUGAGGACUUCUUCAGCCUCAUCAUGCGCUCUCAGGCCAAACGAAUGGACGAGCAGCGUGUCACGCUGCCUUCUGCAGCAAAUACUACAGCUUAAGCCCAGCUCCAACUGAACCAAGCACUAAAGGGACAGGUUGAAAAGCCCAUAGUCUCUGAAUAUUUGUCCUUUCAGACAAACAAAGCACUGUGUGUAGUAAACAGUAUGGAAAGA